AUGUGCAUUCCGUAUCGAAUAGAAAGCGGUUCGGAUUUGUUUCGUGCCAUCCUUCCACCGGCAAUUUCGAGCGCUUUUGAGCCUAUAUCGACCAAGUCAAUAUAUCACACACCAUCUUUGAUCGUUCCACAGAAAGCAUCUCUGGUUUGCAUAUCACGAUUAUCAACACAAUCAGGAAAACCACAAAAAGGUAAAAGAACAGACGUAGCAGAAGAAGAGGAUGAAUCGAGUUGGGCUUUUGGAGGAGGCGUGAAUAGCCAAGGCGGUCCAGUUUCCGAAGCUGAUUCUGAUCCAAAUUCAGAUCACAAGAUCGAGUUCAUCGUUGAAGGAAAUGCGGGUAAAGGUGCUGUUCCGAAUUAUGGAAAGAGAAGACGUUAUACCCACCAUGACGAUAGGGCUUCUUCGAUGGAUCUUUCCGGGCCUGCGCAUUCAUCAUCUAACAGCAAAGAUGUCAAAUAUGCUCAACAAUAUCGUCAUGAAUACGCUCCUACUGCCAGAAGUCCAAAACCUUUGCCUCACCACACAUACUUUUCCAACCCAUCUUCCAGUUUCAACGAUGAUGCAGCUGCGACAGCCGCAGGCAUGGGCCCUGUUGGUGUAGGAGGUCCUCGAUCAGGCUUAGGUUCAGGUGCAGGUACACACGAAGUGAUCAAUUCGGGAAAGAUCAAGAGGAAAAAGAGUGCACUCAUUUUGCCCGGUCAAGGCUCUCAGUAUGUCGGUAUGACAGAUGACAUCUUUCGCAAAUAUAGGGCAGCUCGUCAAGUAUGGACUGUAGCGGAAGAAGCGUUAGAGUAUGGACCUUAUCUUCCUCGCGAAAUUCAAACAAUGAUUUCAACCGCCGCUGAUCCUCAACAGCGAGAAAGAUUCGAAGAAGAGUUGGCAAAAAGCGCAGAGUGGGAUCCUUUCGCCAAUCGUCAUUCGUCAAAAACAAAGAACCGCAAUCCACGUGGCUGGUUGCGUGAUAUGGUAUUCAAAGGCGAUCAAUUGAACUUGACAAGAGCAGAAAACGCUCAACCCAGCAUUAUGGUUUCUUCCCUUGCCAUUCUUGCUGUUCUUCGACAAGAGUUUCCUGUCGAUUUGAUAGCCAAUCAUAUUGAUUACGUUGCAGGUCACGGAACGGGUAUUUAUGCUGCACUUUGUGCUGCCGGCUCUGUCGAUUUACGUGACGGUGUCAGAUUGUUGCGCCACCGCGGGUUAUCAAGCUCACACUUUGUUGCCAAUAAUAAGAUCUUGUUCCCUGACGGAUGCAAGAUGCCCGAAAGUGUUUACGAGACUUGGGCUUUUGCCAAUGCUGGUAGUGGAAAAGGAGCAGAGCUUUUGUCAAGGACGACCAUCGGAAUUGAUGCUGGAGGAGUGCCACCUACCAACUCGGCAUCAGAUGCAGACGUUGUUCGCCAUGAGGCUGAUGCAACGCCGCAAAGAGGUUGGAAGCGUACACAGAUGAGCGGAUGUAUGAUCCGUCCUGGUAAGCUACAAGACAGUCUUAAGGCGAUUGAGAAGAUUGCUGCAGAUAUCAAAGCAGGAAAGUUGGAAAGCGUUUCAAGUGAUGAAGUAGUGGAAGUUGCAAAUAUCAAUUCAAGCUUACAAAUUGUCUUGAGCGGUACUCGUGUCGGUGUUAGUCUAGCAAGUGAUCAGCUAAGACAACUCAAUCUUGGCGCAAGAGCAGUGAAUUUACCUGUUUCAGGACCUUACCAUUCUUCCCUCAUGCGGGAGGGGGCCGAUUUCCUAAUACCUUCAGUCAAAGCUUUACCUUUACGAGGCUUGGAUCCUGAAGGAUUCGGUCGUGGUUACUCGGGAACUUUGCAAUUGGUUUCGAGCAAUCAAGGUGCGCCACUCUUGAACUCUGAGCAAGAUAUUCGGGCUGAUUUGAGCGGUGCACUAGCCAGGCCAGUGAUGUGGUUGCAAUCUAUCGAACGGAUGUUGGAGAAUGGCGUUCAACGAUUCAUUUGUUUGGGACCCGGUCGUGCUUGUGCACAUCUUUUGAGCAAAGAGCUUGCUUAUCGUGACCGUAUCAGAAGUUCUCAAGGACAUCCAACAGGAGAUUACGAAGUUUGGAGUAUCAAUUCAGUGGAAGAUGUUGAACAAAUCGGGUCAGUGUUGAGUCGAUUAAGUGCUGAAGAAGGCUCUGUUACCGGACAACAGAGUAUCGAGCCUGUAGCCACUUUGUGA